AUGUACUACUUGCUUGCUCAUUUUUCUGGCCUUGAAAUUUGCUAUACUGCAGUGUUUACGCCAUGGAUAAUAUUAAGCCUUGUGACAGGUGUUCAAAAGAUGUCAUUAAUAUCUUGUAUCGUUCAGCUGUAUUUUUUUGUUUCCUUUGGUGUCUCAGAACUUUUCCUUUUGGCAGUCAUGGCCUUGGACAGGCAUCAAGCUAUUUGUUAUCCUCUGCAUUACAUGAAAUUUAUGAAUACAAAUAUUUGCACUUCUCUUUCUCUUGCCUGUUGGGUAGGUGGAUUUCUCUUUAACUUACCACCAUCACUUUUGCUACAGCAUUUAGAUUUUACAGGACAAAAUGUUAUCAACCAUUUUUUAUGUGAUGGUCCAUCUCUCCUCCAUCUGUCUUGUACUGAUAUGAGACUUAAUGAUCUGAUCUCAUUUAUCCUUUCACUGGUGACAAUGCUAACAUCUUUUAUCUUUACAUUUUGUUCUUACAUUUUGGUAAUUCAUACAAUUCUAAGGCUUUCCAAAAAUACAGGGAGGUCAAAGGCCUUCUCAACCUGCUCAUCUCAUCUUACAGCUGCUGCCUUAUACUAUGGAUCUCUGAUUUUCAUGUAUGCACGACCUCAGUCAAUUAAUGCUUAUGACAUGAAUAAGAUAAUAUCUAUGUUUUAUACCAUCAUUCUCCCUGUUCUGAAUCCAUUAAUAUACUGUUUAAGGAACACAGAGUUUAAGCAUGCAGUGAAAAAGCUGUUGCCAUAG